AUGGACGGGACCUACCAACCGUCUAAAUACUUAACUAACGUACUGAAACCUCUGACUAACGAAUCUAGACAUAAUCUACGGUCUACUGAGAACUUUAUUGACGUCAUUAAGACAAUACAGAAACCGGAAGACCACGAACUAGUGUCCUUUGACGUGAAAUCACUGUUCACCAGCAUUCCACUUCAACUGGCUCUAGAACGUACUGAGAACGCUAUUAAGAACUCUACUGUUGAAUUACAACUACCUACAGACGACAUUAUGGACCUACUCAUCCUCUGUUUGACUUCGACGUACUUUCACUACAACGGCAAACACUACAAACAGUUACACGGUACAGCUAUGGGCUCUCCAGUUUCUGUUGUUGUAGCAGAAAUUGUCAUGCAAAACAUCCAGGAACAAGCCCUAGCUACCUACACGCGAAUUAUACCUCUUUGGUUACGUUACGUUGAUGACACAUUCACCGCCGUACACAGAGACGGAAUCGACGAUUUUCAUGAACACCUUAACAGACAGAGCGCAGACAUACAGUUCACCAAGGAGAUCGAAGAAAAUGAUAAGAUACCUUUUCUAGACCGCUUGGUCUCUCGCGACAACAACAAACUACAAACGACCAUUUACAGAAACACAUACCGACCGAUUACU